AUGUUACCUUUGGCCUCAACCAGCGUUACUUUCAUUUAUAUCAAUUCUUGUUCCAAGUACAAAUACUUCAUAGUGACCGGCACGCCAGUGAUCUUCCGCAACCUAGGAGCCAUCACCUACACGCUCUGCGUAGUCAGCUGGGUAGUAGGCAUAGUGGUGAUGCUGGCCCAGUACUACCUGCAGCCAGACAUGCUCAUGUGGCACACUUUCGGCUACUACCACAUCCUGGCCAUGCUGAAUUGCCUGUGCGCCCUGUGGUACAUCAAUUGCACCGCCAAAGGUAGAGCUGCCGGUUGGUUGGCAGAGAACUUGCACAACGCUCUGCAGUCUUCAGAUCCGGCCAGUCGGCUGGCCGAAUACAGGGAUCUGUGGGUGGAUUUGUCGCAUAUGAUGCAGCAGCUCGGAAAAGCCUACAGUGGGAUGUACGGUAUGUACUGCGUCCUUAUCCUUCUGACUACCAUCGUGGCCAGCUAUGGAUGCUUGACUGAGAUUUUAGACCAUGGUCUGUCGUUCAAGGAAGCAGGACUUUUCCUUAUAUCCUUCUAUUGCAUGACUUUGUUGUACAUUAUUUGCAACGAAGCGCAUUAUGCUUCACAUAAGAUGGGACCAGAAUUCAGAGAAAGGCUUCUGAAUGUCAAUAUAGGUGUUGUAGACAUCAGAACUAGACAAGAAGUGCAUAUGUUUUUGACAGCAAUAGACAAAAAUCCACCCAUCAUGAAUUUAAAUGGAUAUGCUAAUAUCAAUAGGAAACUGAUAACAUCGACAGUGACGUCCAUGGCAACGUACCUGGUAAUGCUGAUGCAGUUUCGUCUGUCUCUAAUGAGGAAUGCAGCUAUUGCAGCUAGAAGGGCUGCGGUUGCAGCUAGUGUGAAUACAACCACAGCUACAGUAUUGAACAAAUAGACAUCUCACUAUAGGAGAAUGGUUGUUUUUUCUAUAGUCAAUAUAGGGAUACGAAUAAAUUUGUAAUUUGUUUGAAUAGUAUUCAAA